UUUUGGAGAACCACAGGUAAGCCAAGCUCGAUUUACAAGAAUAUCUUCACGGUGAAGCUGUUUCGCCAAAGGAUUUGUUUGAUGAAAACGGGUAAUUAGAUAUCGAUCUUUUCGGUCUCUAGGAACAUACGAGGGAAUUGAAUACCUGAGCCAAGAGUUGCUGUGCUAACAGUCACGUCACCACAGGGAAGUCCACGGGGGGUAACAACUAUUCAGAAAGCUCUAUAGUUUAACGAAUGUUUAAAUGAGCUUCAGUUUAGUUUGGUUACUGUAGUUAAACGGAGGAAAAACCCACCGGGAAAGACCCUGAAGAACUAUUAAGUAUCUCUAACACGUAAGUUGUAUGACGCUGCAUUCCAAAACAUGUGAUUUGAGAUAUGAAUAAUUGUCUUUUAAAGUGCAGAAAAAAUUAACCAUGCUUCGCAGUUGUACUCUGUAACCUUAAUUAUUCCAUCUCACCUUUGGUCCAUGGCAUUAAACCACGGUCUUAAUUCCAAAGUUCUGUCUUUCCAUUUCUCUCUACAUACUAUAUUUAUAAUUCAGGAGCUGUGAUCAACGCACGGUUUCCUUAGUUCGUCCUACUUGCAAGUUUUGGAGCACAACAUCUCAACUAAAGAGAGGUUUUCCAUUCGAUUGAAAACAUUUUUUUCGGUCAUUAUUCCUGAGACAUAUGCCAUUCAAAAAAGAUUUUCUAACCUUCAUUUUUCAAGUUAAUCAAAGCUAAAUUGUUUUGGUAACGCGCAAAAUACAAAGGUCACUGAUAAGAGAGAAAGAAACGUAAAUCCUUAGCUUUGGGGCGAUUUUGGCCAAAUGUGAUUAUUCGAAUGAAGAGUUAGUAUCUUUAAAUUUACUUCUCUUGAGAUGGUUUAUCGUAAGUUGUUGUAGAUGUUUGUUUUUUAUAACGUAAAAUAGAUCUGUAAACAACUGAAUGUGAAUAUCAUCGGACAGCGUGAUAAAGAGCCUUUCUUCUUCAUUUUUAUUUGCUUGUUUAUUAUCGAGGAAACGACUUUUCAUUGCCAACAAUUUUAAACGAAGAAGAUUAAUCCUCUAUUUAGUAAAACAAAAACCGAAAACAAAAUACAACAACGAAGAUUAUGAAGAACAGAAUCUGGGCCAAACUUCUCAUCUCAUCAUCAAGCCACCGUAUUUUUAAAAUCUCCAAAUUUAAGUCGUUUAAUUCUAUACAAAACCCAAACUCCGUUUAAUUUUCUAGAGUUUUUCUUCUUCUUUUUCUUCGUCUUCUUUCUGUUCUCUAAAGAACUCAUCAAAAUAAGUUACACUAAGAAUAUUGGGGUAAAAAUAAGAUGAUAAUUAAAGAAAGUUUAUUUCUUCUUGUCAAGAUCAGCAAUCGUGUUUGCCACGAAUGGCUUGGCGACAAUUCAAAGGCCACAUUACAGUACUGGUAAUGGCGUCUGUCGCACUCCGACUUCUUACCAGCCAGCAGUGUGGGACUGAUCUUCGCUCAAUCUACCAAAUGAUGCUUCAAGGCCACACCUUUAAGACCUUGAAGACCCAACCAGGUACAACAGAAUGCAUACAGGCGUGCCGCGCUGAUAUCAGAUGCCAAAGCUUUAACGUCGUGUUCAAAGGGAUAUGUGAGUUAAAUAACAGAACUAAGGAGGCUAGACCGGACGAUUUUGUCAAAGACUUGGAACGAUAUUACGUGAAAAGCUCAACAAGAGGUAAGAAAACUAAAUAA